AAGAAGCAACAAAUUGAAGAACCCAAACACAAAAUGCACUCAUAUAUAGUCACGGUUAUCCAUGGCAAUGGCAUGAACAAUAUUUUUCCAAAACAAAAAUACACAAUCCAUGGGAACAAAUCACAGUAGUCACACCAACCUUGGCAAAGAUAGUACCUCUUUUAAAUCAAGUGCAACCGGUUCCAUAGCGCGAUGGGGAGAUUCAUUCGAGGUUUCUAUGAGCAAAUGGAAUGAAAAUGAUCACACAGAAGCGUGGGGUGCAAAGUACAAAACAGGUCUUAAAAAUCGCACUUGUGGUUUUAAUCUAAAAGCAACCAGCGACAGCAAUGGUAUCGAGAGCAUACAUUUUGGACUACUCGACACCGCUAACAACAAAACUGAAUUUGCUGUGAAUAUCUCACGAAUUGAUCGUGACACUCUUCGUGGAGGAAUAACAGGACUGAAUUCAUCUAUGUCUCCAAAAUCUUUCACAAGGACCAAACCAGAUUGCAUAAUAGAAACUACUGUUGUUUCCUACAAUUGUUCCUACAGAGAAGGUCUUUUUGUUCUUGAAAUGAAGAAAAAGGGAAAAUCUGAAAAUGCUUGCAUAGUGAAUCUAGCACAUUAUUAUGUAACCAAAGAUGUUGGUCUUUCCGUUAGGGCUAAAAUUUAUCGAAACAAAGGUAAUAAUUUAGUUGUCGAACUUGAAGGUCCUAUUAAACAUCCUAGUGUUGAUUUACGGAAGGUUGUUGUCAAAACUUGUAGCAGUGGAGUUUGGUCUCCUGGUGCUUGUUCUCACUGUAAGGGAACAAAAACAAAGGCUAGCACCGGUGUGAAAAAUGAUGAUUCUAUUUCGUCGGUGAAAGGUCAUACUCAUACUCAUGUUCAACAUUCUAGUUCAUUAAUGAUGAAAGGUGAAUCGCAUGUUCAACAUUCGAAUUCAGUGUUGAAAGGUGAAUCUCAUGUUCAACAGCAGAGUAAUGGAAAGGUGGUUGGUGAAGUUGUUAAACAUGCUUUCUUCUCGAGUAGUGUUAGAGAGCAAAUUAACACUGGGCUUAUUAAUUCAACUGGAUAUACUUCUGGUACUUUGAAUAACUCUAUCAUUUUUGUAGAAUGUAAUUUUUAAAUGCAGAAUUUGGAAAUUGUUGUUUGUAUGAUGUGAAAGUAUUUCACUGUUAUGUAUUUAAGUUUUAUACAUAAGAUGGGAAGCUCCCACUCUAUACCAAAGUGUACAACCUGGCAUAAGAACUUGUGUGGAUUUUUUCACAUUGAAGUGUGAUUCUGAUGCCCAAUAAAAAUGGAAUUCAAAUUA